AUGUCUCUUGUUUUCAGUAAAUCAUUUGAUUUAUUUAAAGCAGCAAAAUGGAUAUUACGGAAAGAUAUACGGUCGUGUCUGUCGUCCCUACCUGAAAAAGUUGAAAAAACAAAUGCAGAUGAAGAUAAAAUGACUCGCAUAGGACGACGACCACGGUCGCAGAACCCAAUGCUUGAAUACAGGCAUAUUUAUCCAGAAUUUCUACCUGAUCCUAAUCCGAAUUGGCGUAAUAGUUUAAGAGAAAAACUUGAAAGAGCAGAUAUGCUUGAAAGAAGGAAGCAAAUUGAUAUACCAGAAUUCUAUGUUGGUUCUAUAUUAGCAGUAACCAUAUCAGAUCCACAUGCUCAAGGGAAAACAAACAGAUUUGUAGGAAUAUGCAUUGAACGUAAAGGUUGUGGUUUAAGGGCAGAGUUCACCUUGAGAAAUGUUGUAGAUCAUCAAGGUGUUGAGGUACGUUAUGAAUUGUAUGACCCUACAAUACAGACAAUUCAAGUAUUACGUCUUGAGAAGAGACUGGAUGACAAGUUGUAUUAUCUUAGAGAUGCUCUCCCUGAAUACAGCACAUUUCCUGUUGAUAUGGAUCCUGAAAUUUUACCAGAAGGAACCACGGUACCAGUUAAUCCAGUUCAGGUAAAAUUAAAACCGAGACCAUGGCUGGAAAGAUGGGAAAGGCAAGAACUGAAAGGUGUAUCCAAUAUUGAAGAACACUUAAAAGAAAAAGAUAGAGUAAGAAGAGAAUUAAGGAAGACUCCGUGGGAAAAAUAUGACCUUAUGAAACAGUACAGAAAAACCGUACCAAUCGAAGACCAAAAUGAAAUAUGGGGUGAAGUUUACAAUCAAUUACAGCAAAUGAGAAUGUCUACAAAAAAAACUGCUCGGAAACGUGUAAUUACAGCACCAAAAUCCCAGCUUGGAUAA